AUGUCGAUGCUACCAGAUGUUAGAAAGGGUUUUGCGGUCAUCAGGGUUUAUUACCUGUCAGCAGUUGUCCUUCUAGCAAUACCCUGGAUCCAAGUCCAAGUCCAAUCAUCUUCUGGAAAAACGGCGAAUAUCAAGCUUAAGACAACAGACAAUCACACUAUUGGCGCGUGGUUUAUUCUCUCAGACACGAUAUAUCAGGAGCUACCCUUUCCAACGCCUCCCCAUGCUGCAUUAUCGUGGAUUCGGGGGGAUAGUUCAGGCACGCCUACAGAGGAUGGCUUGUCGACGGAUGCAAGAGCUGCAUGGGAUUGGCUGAUCGCGCAGGGUGCUUCGCCUCUAUUUCCUGUCAUGUUACCUAUCAACGCGAUCCCUCGAGCGGCUGAAACGGGGACCAUCGCUUUCAACCAUAUUCGGGCAGGCGAGAAAGUUGACUGCUGGUUCACGACUAUGAACGUCCCUACCUUCAUCGAGCAAUCUCUCUGUCUUCCCUUUUGCACUGUUGCACGUGGGCAACUGGUUGGAGAAUCAAUGAAUAUCCCGCCGGAGUGCGUGGAGGAGGCAUCGUCAUCCGUGAUAUGGAUGCCGACGGCGACUGCCCCACGCUAG